AAUUUCAUUCAUACCAGGAAGUCAGAUUCACACUACAUGACGCCAAUGGAUGACGUAAGCUCUUCAAAGAGACCAUAGUAGAAUACAGAGCUGUUACCUGAGGUUGGCUCUUGUAUUCAUGCAAUUCAUUUAAGAAACAACGAGGAAGGAGAUUUCGGCCUUCAAAAAUAGUGCGCGUGGGGAAAUUGUAAAAAAGUAACGGAAUGAUUAUUCGAGUUCUGCAUCUUCUCUACUGCGAGUCCUACCUUAUUGGACAUCAUUCUCGUACGUGACGCUCAGUGGAUCACUCAGUCCCUUUUCCUCGACUCUAGUGUAGGAUGGUCUAUGGACUCCGAGCCCCUUUUCGUCUGUCCAGGUCUGGAUCUGAAGGACGGGUCCUGGCUAAUGUCCGAGGGCCGAUCACCUUAAUUAUUCCACAACGGAAGCGCGUCCGAAAACUAUGCCGCGUUAUAAUCCGUCGCCCCUUCCGAAAGGCUCCGAUAGAUAUCGCGGGGAGGAGAGCAGCGACAGCAAUGGCUGCUCUCACUUUGAGAAACGACGUCUGAUAGCGUUAGCGCGUAGAAAGCUCCAAGCCAUGCAAAGGAAAAGCAUCGUCUGAUGGGGAGGAGCCGUCCUCCUUUCGAGUUCAUCGACGUAGAGAAAGGAGAAGGGAAUGGAAGGUUUGAAGAUUCCCCCAUCGGCUCCAUCAUGGAGCGAUGGCGGAAUCGCAAUGACAAUCCCAAUCCCAAUCCCGCGUUCUCAAACACAAACCAUCGGAGGAACUUUGAGACGGGCCGACCCACGGGUCCUGGAAGCUCUGGAGGAGUCCUCUCCAACGCCGCGUUCCGAGAUGUAAACCAUCAAAACCAAAAGAGAAAGCUGCCAGCCAUUUUGGAAAUAUGGAGACGAAGCAGUGAAGCCCCCUGGCGCUGUCUGUCGGUCGGUCGGAAGAAAUAGCGCCUCCCCUCCUGCUCUUCUUUUGUUCAGAGCACCUGAGUAGCGCCGCGCGCGUCCGGAAGUGGGAACCGGUAUUUGCGGCCACCACGAAAUUCUGGGGAUGAUGAAUGCGAACCCCGGAAAUAGUGAACGACCCUUCUUCUUCUCCGUGUCGAGAGCAUCUGCAUCUGUCACCAGCGCUUUGUAUUUCGUGUACGUAUGAUCUCCUCUUUCGGGGCCCGGCUAUCUGCUGCUGCAGAACGCGCUUGGGGGCCGCGUUCGCAAGCCCCUACUGCUCCCCUUUCCCCUCUCCCUAGAACGAUUCUGGCUUCGCAUUUAGCCAUGUUCACUCUGCCCGGCACGUUCCAUGGACUGUGCGGCUCUUCACAACCUUCUCUUUUAUUUCGUUGGUUCGUUGGUGACGUCAAAG